AUGGCGGCGGCCGGGGCUGCAGGGGUGCCGGCGACCGUGUCGGGAAAGCCGGAGUUCUACCAGCUCCUGAAGAGCCUUGUCAACCCGAGCUGCAUGGUGCGGCGGCAGGCCGAGGAGGUCUACGAGAACAUCCCGGGCCCGUGCAAGACGACGUGCCUCCUGGACGCCGUCAGGAACCGGAGAGCCGGCUACGAGGUGAGACAAAUGGCUGCCGCGCUGCUGCGGCGGCUUUUGUCCUCCGGGUUCGAGGAGGUCUACCCUAAUCUGCCCUCCGAUGUGCAGCGGGACGUCAAGAUUGAGCUGAUCCUGGCCGUGAAGCUGGAGACGCACGCCAGCAUGAGGAAAAAGCUGUGCGACAUCUUCGCCGUGCUGGCGAGGAACCUGAUCGACGAGGAGGGCACGAACCACUGGCCGGAGGGUCUCAAGUUCCUGGUCGAUUCCAUCUACUCCAAGAACGUGGUUCUGUGGGAGGUCGCGCUCCACGUCUUCUGGCACUUCCCCGGCAUCUUUGGGAACCAGGAGCGGCAUGAUUUGGAUAUCAUCAAGCGGCUGCUGGACCAGUGCAUUCAAGAUCAGGAGCAUCCAGCCAUCAGGACGUUAUCCGCCAGAGCCGCAGCCACGUUUGUGCUUGCCAAUGAGAAUAACAUCGCUCUUUUCAAAGACUUUGCGGACCUGCUUCCCGGGAUCUUACAGGCCGUGAAUGACUCUUGCUACCAGGAUGACGAUUCCGUGCUAGAAUCCCUUGUUGAGAUUGCAGAUACUGUCCCUAAAUACUUGGGUCCUUACUUAGAAGAUACCCUGCAGCUGAGCCUAAAGUUGUGCGGAGACUCUAGACUUAGUAACCUGCAACGCCAGCUGGCCCUUGAAGUAAUAGUGACCUUGUCCGAAACCGCAACCCCCAUGUUGAAAAAAUACACAAAUAUUAUUGCACAGGCAAUUCCUCAUAUAUUGGGAAUGAUGGUUGAUCUACAAGAUGACGAGGACUGGGUAAAUGCCGAUGAAAUGGAAGAAGAUGAUUUUGACAGCAAUGCCGUUGCUGCUGAGAGUGCACUAGACAGACUGGCCUGUGGGCUCGGUGGGAAACUUGUUUUACCAAUCACGAAGGAGCAUAUCAUGCAGAUGCUUCAGAGCCCUGACUGGAAAUAUCGACAUGCCGGAUUAAUGGCCUUAUCUGCCAUUGGAGAAGGAUGCCAUCAGCAAAUGGAACCAAUUCUAGAUGAAAUGGUUAACUCUGUUUUGCUUUUUCUUCAGGAUCCUCAUCCAAGGGUAAGGGCUGCAGCCUGUAUUACACUUGGACAGAUGGCUACAGAUUUUGCACCUAAUUUCCAAAAGAGAUUCCAUGAAACAGUGAUUGCAGCUCUGUUGCGUACCAUGGAAAAUCAAGGUAAUCAGCGUGUGCAAUCACAUGCAGCUUCUGCACUUGUUAUUUUUAUUGAAGACUGCCCCAAAUCAUUGCUAGUUAUAUAUUUGGAUAGUAUGGUGAGAAACCUACAUUCCAUCUUGGUAAUUAAACUUCAAGAGUUGAUUCGGAAUGGAACUAAGUUGGCUUUAGAACAGCUUGUGACAACUAUUGCCUCAGUUGCAGAUACAAUAGAAGAAAAGUUUGUUCCAUAUUAUGAUAUAUUUAUGCCAUCACUAAAGCAAAUAGUUGAGCUUGCUGUUCAAAAGGAACUCAAGCUUCUGAAAGGAAAAACUAUUGAAUGCAUUAGCCAUGUUGGUCUUGCUGUUGGGAAGGAAAAAUUUAUGCAAGAUGCAUCGAAUGUGAUGCAGAUAUUGUUGAAGACACAAUCAGAUUUAAAUAAUAUGGAAGACGAUGACCCUCAGACCUCUUAUAUGGUUUCAGCAUGGGCUAGAAUGUGUAAAAUUCUUGGAAGUGAUUUUCAACAGUACCUUCCACUGGUUAUUGAGCCUCUUAUUAAGACAGCUUCAGCUAAACCUGAUGUUGCUCUCUUAGACACACAAGAUGUGGAGAAUAUGAGUGAUGAUGAUGGCUGGCAAUUUGUAAAUCUUGGUGAUCAGCAGAGUUUUGGAAUUAAAACCUCAGGACUUGAAGCAAAAGCAACUGCUUGCCAGAUGUUGGUUUACUAUGCCAAGGAAUUAAGGGAAGGACUUGUGGAAUAUACAGAACAAAUUGUAAAGCUGAUGGUUCCUUUACUGAAAUUUUAUUUCCAUGACAAUGUUCGAGUGGCAGCAGCUGAGUCCAUGCCGUUUCUCCUGGAAUGUGCAAGAAUUCGUGGCCCAGAGUAUCUUGCACAGAUGUGGCAAUUCAUAUGUGAUCCCUUAAUCAAGGCUAUUGGGACUGAACCUGAUACGGAUGUACUCUCAGAAAUAAUGAGUUCUUUUGCAAAGUCCAUUGAAGUGAUGGGAGAUGGCUGCCUUAAUGAUGAACACUUAGAAGAACUGGGAGAAAUACUGAAAGCAAAACUUGAAGGGCACUUUAAAAACCAAGAAUUGAGACAGGUUAAAAGACAGGAAGAAAACUAUGACCAACAGGUUGAAAUGUCCUUGCAAGAUGAGGAUGAAUGUGAUGUUUACAUUUUGACCAAAGUAUCAGAUAUUUUGCACUCAUUAUUUAGUACUUACAAAGAAAAGAUUUUACCAUGGUUUGAACAGCUGCUUCCAUUAAUUGUAAAUCUAAUUUGUUCUAAUAGGCCAUGGCCAGAUAGACAGUGGGGAUUGUGUAUAUUUGAUGAUAUUAUAGAGCACUGUAGUCCAACCUCAUUUAAAUAUGUAGAAUAUUUUCGGUGGCCCAUGCUACUAAAUAUGCGAGAUAAUAACCCUGAAGUCAGGCAAGCUGCUGCUUAUGGUCUGGGUGUUAUGGCACAGUUUGGUGGAGAUGAUUAUCAUUCUUUAUGUUCAGAAGCUGUUCCACUGCUGGUAAAAAUUAUUAAAUGUGCAAAUUCUAAAACCAAAAAAAAUGUCAUUGCUACAGAGAACUGUAUCUCAGCAGUAGGCAAGAUUUUGAGGUAUAAGCCUAACUGUGUAAAUGUUGAUGAAGUUCUUCCCCACUGGUUGUCAUGGCUCCCACUGCAUGAGGAUAAAGAGGAAGCUAUUCAGACUUUGAGUUUCCUCUGUGACUUAAUUGAAAGUAACCACCCAGCUGUACUUGGUCCAAAUAAUUCCAAUCUUCCCAAAAUAGUUAAUAUAAUUGCAGAAGGAAAAAUUAAUGAGACUAUUAACUAUGAAGAUCCCUGUGCCAAACGCCUGGCUAAUGUUGUGCGCAAGGUACAGACUUCUGAAGAAUUGUGGUUGGAAUGUAUAUCCCGACUUGAUGACGAGCAUCAGGAAGCCUUACAGGAAUUGCUGAAUUUUGCUUGA